AGACACUGCCACCACCAUGGAGGGGAUUGUGACCAUGUAUCAGGACUUCAUGAAGAAAGCAGACCCCCGCAUUGCUGAUUAUCCACUGAUGCAGUCCCCGUUCCUUGUGAUGGGCAUCCUCCUGGCAUAUGUCUACUUUGUACUAUCCUUGGGUCCCCGGCUAAUGGCCAACAGGAAGCCUUUAAACCUGAAGAAGUUCAUGGUGCUAUACAACUUCUUUCUGGUGGGACUCUCACUUUACAUUGUCUAUGAGUUCCUGAUGGCAGGGUGGCUUACUGGGUACACCUGGCGGUGUGACCCUGUGGAUUUCUCACAGGACCCUAAGGCCCUCAGGAUGGUCAGUGUUGCUUGGCUCUUUGUCUUCUCCAAGUUCAUCGAACUGACAGACACGGUGAUCUUUGUCCUGCGAAAGAAGAAUGAACAGGUCACAUUCCUGCACCUCUUCCACCAUUCUGUCCUGCCUUGGAGCUGGUGGUGGGGAGCAAAGUUUGGUCCAGGGGGAAUGGGCUCAUUCCAUGCCAUGAUCAAUUCCAUGGUGCAUGUCGUCAUGUACUUGUACUAUGGGCUCUCAGCAGCGGGACCGGCGUUUCAGAAGUACCUGUGGUGGAAGAAGCACAUCACAGCCAUCCAGCUGGCGCAGUUCGUGAUUGUCUCCGUCCACAUCUCUCAGUAUUACUUCAUGCCCAGCUGCCAGUACCAGUUCCCCAUCUUCGUCCACCUCAUCUGGAUUUAUGGGACCAUCUUCUUCAUCCUCUUCUCCAACUUUUGGUACCAGUCCUACACUAAGGGCAAACGGUUGCCCAGGGUGGCUCAGCAAGCAGCCCAGCACAAUGGUAGCAGCAUCCAUGAGAAUGGCACUGUCACCAAUGGCAAGGUCAAAGCCAACUAGAGGGCAAGGCCCUCCCAGAGCCAAUGAGAGCCCCGGUGCAGAGGCAGCUGGGACCUGUUCCCCUGCUCCUGGGUGCUACUAGCCAAGUGCCUACAGACUGUUGUAUCCCUGUGCCCAGCCUUGCUGUCUUCUGUCUGCAUGCCCAGCCUCUCUGCUCUGAGCAGCCAUGGGCAACUUGUUCUGCUCCUGGGAGGGCUCGUCCUGUUUCUCAGUAUUGCUGAGCGGAGAGGCAGCUGCCUGCAUCACAGCUGUGGGGCUGCAGUCCCAUUCCAGUGUUUCCAAAGGAACUUCCCCCAAGUGCCUACAUCUGGCCCUUCUGCCUGGGGGCCAUUUCCUUCUGAGUAGGACCAAAAGAAGAAACUGAUCCCUGUCCUGGUGCCCUCUCUCUCCUGUCUUAUCAGAGCCUGUGUGGAUGAGCAGACUUGUCCCUGGCUGCUUGCUGCUGCCAGCUCAAGUGUGAGUGCUCCUGCUCUACCAUGCCUUGUGCCAUUUUGUUCCACACCACAGUGCUGCAUGUCCCUUCUGGUUCCUCUGCCCAGGUCGGGGGGUCCUGCCCCAGCGUAUCUGUGCUCAGGUGUGGCUGUGGAGAAUGUAGGGGUGGAGUGUUUGGGUCUUGAGGGCCCAGACCUGCCCAGUACAGCACACACGCCCUGUGCCUUGUGUGUAGCAGGGGUUGUGACAGCCUGAAAUGCCUCCCCACACAAUAAGCCCAGGUUGCCUUGCCUUUCUGUGCCUGGGCUGGGUGCUUGGUGUGUGCUUUAGCCACACUUACCUGAUCCUGUAUGGCGGCUGGUGGCUUGCUCCAGAGUGGGGGAAGCCAAGCUCAGCCUUGUCUUGGACCACUUCCAUUCCUGCAGACUCAAGACUUGAGCAAUAAUUGCCCCUAGAAUCAGAUCCUGGGCUCUCCUGCUUGGGACCAGCCCGGCUCUGGCCCAGUUUGAGCACAACGGAGGAUGGUUUUAGCGUGCCCUGCUGUGGUGUAGCAGUGAGCACCUCUUGCCUCUGUGGAUCUGACUGGGCCUGGGUGAAGGUGUACAGCAGGGUGGCAGCAGCUCUCCUGGGCCUUGUGCCCGUCACCUGCUCUGGCUGUAACCCAAACUAUGCUGAUGGCCUUGAGGAGGUGAAGGAGCCGGGCCCUGACAGAUUGGGCUGCUCUUCUAUCACAAAUAAACAGACAGAAGGGGAAAUG